AACGGAGAAAUGCUGGUGUGGGAGUAAGAUCACGAACAGGCUAUAGUAAUAACGCAUUCGUGUUUUUAUGGUGUUAUUUAUAUACUGCACGUAACGCCAAUUAAAAUCAACAGUACAGUGUAUUACAUCUAAGUAUAUAUCUAAUUGGAUUUUGAUCCAAUUCUGACGUCAUGAUUUUUCCUGACAACGCCUAUGAUACUAUGUUGUCUUUUAAUUCCCAGUAUUGCUCUGUUGUCUCUGGUCAGUCUUACGUCUACUCAGACACUUGCUAUGGCAAUCGUACAACGAAUGACUCUGCAAAUUUCAAUGGCGUCUUCAAUCCUUUAUCAGAACCAGCAUCUCAGCCUUCAGAGUGUGCCGUGUCUGUACAAACAAGUCCAUUCCAGCCGAACUGUUUGUGGUCAGUGUCUGGUAAUAUGGACUGUAAACCAUUGACAGUUCUAGAAGAAAUAGAUACUUCUGUAAAAAUCCCAGGCCAAAUGAACCAGUGUGUAUCGUUUGAAAACGAACAGUCUAAGAUAUCAAAGUGUCAUCGUUUCUCAGACUUACCGACCACAUAUAACUUCCGACAACAUACUUUAUCCUACGCUUCAAACGGUGCUUCUCACACCACUGUCUCACCUUUUACUGGGGGCUCAGGCGAUGGCUGCAAUGAAAUCUCUCCUACACCGCCUAACUUCCGAUCAUGGAUGGGCGUAGAAUCCAGUAGUCAACCAUCGUCAAGACGUGGUCCCUUCGAAUGGGCCAGAACUUUACCGGAAAAACAAGGCUAUCUUUCAACAGGUAGAACAAGGACUAGGGACAAGUAUAGAGUAGUUUACACUGACCAGCAACGGUUGGAACUCGAGAAAGAGUUCCAUUACAAUCGUUACAUUUCCAUCCGUCGGAAGACGGAAUUGGCUGCUAUGGUGGGCCUUUCCGAAAGACAAGUAAAGAUCUGGUUCCAAAACCGACGAGCAAAAGAACGGAGAAAUUUCAGGAAACAAGAGGAAAUAUUGCAAAAACAAAUACAUCCUAGAGAAGUACAAGAACAGUUUCAAGGAUACGGUUCCAACACCUACUUUUCUCCCUCAGUUUUAACAGUGCAGGGAUCCAAGACUUGUUUGUAUGCUAAUUAAGUAGUUUGAUGUUUUUACCACAGAUAAAAGAUCAUGAUCUUUAAUUUAAUAUAUCUUAAAUAGUUUUGUAUCUCAUUUAUACAAAUUGUGAAUAAGAACUAACGUACAAUGAAACAAUAUCAUACAUCACCAUGUUGACCUAAUUCGGACGUGUGAUUCCUACACAGUUAUAGGAAGCUCUCUGUUACUGCAAUAUCGACAUUCAAGCUUAUUAGUUUCGUGUGUUAAUGGGAAUACAAGUUCGUAAGACGAAAUUUGAAACUAAUCUGCUAUUUUAGAUUGCAACUAACACAUGAUGUUGAUUUGGCCAAUAAGUUUUUUGAAAAGAAAACGAAUAGCAGAUUCAAUUAUGUAUUUUGGUAUUUACGUAAGAAACCUUUUGAUUUGUUUUACUUUAUGUUUUUAUCGUG